CACACCCACUAAAGCUUAAUGUAGAGACAUGAAAAAACAGGAACACAACCUUGUUUGGCGGAGAGAAAGAAAGCAAGGACACAGACUACAGAGAGGGAAAACCUGAACCUGCAGCUACACGGCAAACAGGUGGUAAAAACUGCCUCUAUCUGAAGGUGCAGACAGUUUCCACUGAGAGACCAUGGCUGAGUACAAGCUAGAGGUGACAACAGGUGACAUGCAAUAUGCAGGAACAUGGGACCAUAUAUAUGUCACCUUAUUUGGAACUGAGGGGCAGAGUGAGAGAACUAAGUUGGGCACGUACGUCUUUGACUUUUCAACUGGGACAACAGGGACCUACACCAUGAAAACCAAUUUGUCUCUGGGGAAACUUCUGCUGGUGAAAAUGGAGAAAGAUCCAUUUUUGUGUCUCCCAGAAGAUGAAUGGUUUUUCUCUAAAGUUGUGGUGACGACUCCAGAAGGAGAAGCCAUUCUUUUCCCCUGUUACAGAUGGAUCUCCAGGGGAGAACUGGUGGAGCUGAGAGGAGGGAGAGCCAUGAAGGAUUUUGAGGAGGUACAUUCCCUGCUGAUUGAGCACCGGAAAAACGAGCUGAUAAAAAAAAAGAGCUUGUACCAAUGGAAAGUUAUGGGUGAAGGGCAGCCCCACAUCAACCAUUUGGAUGAUGUCUCUCAGCUCUCAGCUGAAAUCCGCUACUCUAAAUCCAAAGCAACUGAAGUGUAUAAUACAAAAACCAUCAUUGGUUUGGAACUCAAGCUUAAGGGGAUGAUUGGAUCUACUGAAAAAUGGGAAAGAAUUGAAGACAUGAAAAAAAUCUUCUGGUGCAAAAAGACAACAAUGUCAGAGUAUGUCUCUGAGCACUGGAAGGAGGACGACUUUUAUGGAUACCAGUUUCUGAACGCAAUUAACCCCAAUAUGAUCAAGCGCUGCUCAGAGCUUCCCCCAAACUUUCCAGUCACAGAGGAGAUGGUGAAGCCAUUCCUGGCAGAGGGAAGCUCUCUGCAGAAGGAAAUGGAGAAAGGCAACAUAUUCCUCUGUGACUACAAGCAGAUAGAUGGGAUACCCCCCAGAGACAACAAUGAUGAACCUCUGCAUGUGACUGCUGGUCUCUGUUUGUUCUACAUGAACCUGCAAAACAAACUGAUGCCAAUUGCAAUACAGUUGCAUCAACAACCUUCGGAGCAGAAUCCCAUCUUUCUGCCCAGUGACCCAGAGGCUGACUGGCUGCUGGCAAAGAUGUUUAUUAAAAAUGCAGAUCUUCUUGUUCAAGCUUCAGUCCACCACCUCAUGAACCCUCACUUUCUGGCAGAGGCCUAUAAUGUUGCCGCUCUCCGCAGCUUCUCUGAGAUUCAUCCCCUCUACAAGCUUCUGUUUCCACAUUUCCGGUACACAAUCUACGCUAACACUACAGCCCGCAAAAAUGUUUAUUCACCGGAUGGGAUUUUGAGUACUACUACCAUUGGAUACCAUGGACUGUCAGAGCUCAUGAGAAGGGCUCUCCCUGAAACGACCUACAGCUCCCUCUGUCUGCCAGACAACAUCACUGCACGAGGACUGGAGUCCAUACCAAACUUCUACUACAGAGAUGACGGCCUGAAGCUGUGGAACAUCAUCAACGGCUUCGUGAAGGCAGUAGUGGAGCACUAUUAUCCCUCAGACAGUGAGGUGUGUAAAGACACUGAGCUACAGGAAUGGAUCAAUGAGAUAUUCACACAUGGCUUCUUAGGAAACAAAGCCACAGGGAUUCCAACAGGUUUCAAUACGAUCGAGGAAGUGAUCAAGUUCAUCACCAUGGUGAUCUUUACAGUGACGGCUCAGCAUGCUGCGGUGCACCAUGGACAGUACGACUACCACGCCUUUGCGCCCAAUGGCAUACUCCUGCUGCACAAUUCCCCUCCAACCACUAAGGGGCAGUCAAGAAUGAAGACAAUUUUGGAGACCCUCCCAAAUGUUGACGAGACAGUGAAAUUUGUUGCAAUGUCGUGGAUAUUUUCAAACAAGUACAUGGACAUGGUUUACAUGGGAACAUACCCAGAGGAACGAUUCGAUGAGCCUGCCAUUAAGGAGAUCAUUAAGACAUUUCAAACAGAGCUGUCCACACUCAGUGACGCAAUCACAGCAAGAAACUCACAGCUUGAGGUACCCUACAUAUACCUGAACCCUGCCCAGAUAGAAAACAGUGUAACUAUUUAAGAAAGUCUCAGGGAGGCUUUCUGCAUGGGAUGAUUGUAUCCAUGUAUUUCUCAACACCUGUCUUACAUGUUGGGAAGAGCUUUAUACUUUGUAUUUAGUACAUACAAUAAGUAAGGCGUAAGAGACAGUUAGAAAAGGGUUGCAUGCUGGGACAAGAAGACUUAAUUGUAGUUGUGUCACAAUGAGUGAGCCUGCGGUAUGAUAAGAAUGUUAAUAUGUUGUUGUAUCAUUGAAUCACAUACCAAAAAAAACCUAAAAAAAACAAACAUGUAAAUACAAUGGAAGUAAACAAGCCAACUUGUGACAGGGUUAUAACAAUGGCAUUUUUUAAAACAAAUGGAAUUAAACUGCACUUUUUUGUAAAUGCUGGGUAUCAAGUGAGUGUAGUACUUGGAAACAAAACUUAUGUUGGAAAAUGGAAAAUGGUGUUAAUGCUAAUAUUCUGUUGAAGUCACUAAGUUGUUAUGGUAAAACAUAUCUCACAGUCACAAAAUGGAUCACAAUCUUGUGAUGGCAUCAUUCCAGCCACGAUACAGCUAUCAUAACUUCUGAACCAAACAAAAUUAUUUUGAGUUUUGAUCCACAGAUACUAAAAUGAACCAAUUAAAUGUGUGAAGUGUUUCUAAAGACCUUGUCUAUAAGUCUGUUUUAAUAACUUUUUAACAUGUUGUCUCCUGUUUUUGGUGACCCAAACACAAAUUUCAACCCUGGUGGACAGUAAAGAUAUGUUCUAUUCUAUUUUUUUAUAAUCUAUUCUCAUCCAUUCUGUAUUGAUCCUGCAACCUGAAAGUGAGGGUUCUAAUGACCCUUUCCCUAUUUUACCCUUGCUUGGACCACACCCAACUUCAAACUGAGCCUUCAUUGUGAUCUCAAAUUGACACCUGUUAAGUUUUGUACGGUAGGGGUAUAAGGUGUCGGGUGUGACUCUCCUCCCUACUUCCUACCCCCUUUCUUGGCCCCUUUGCUUUCCACACCCACACCUCAAGCACAUGGUAUGCUGUCCUUCUGUUAUCUUCUCUGUGUUUUCUUCUUCUUUUUGGAUGUGUGUGUUCAGAUCCCAUAUAAUAUUAAUAACACUUUCUAAACCAGCGCAACAAAGUGCUUCCCAAUACAAAACCAUACAAUAUGAGAAAACAACCUAAAACAUCAUUCAAAGUACAUAUAGUACAUUCAUGUACCAGUCUGAAUAUGUUUCCAGUUACCCACACGCUCCGCCCCAUAUUCACCGUCUCUGCACCUCUCAUCAGUCUGCUAUCUGCCUGUUCACACCCGACUACUUUAUCUAGCGGUAUGAAAUCUGUGUUGGUUUUAUAAACUGUGGGAUUCUUUACUUAAGACUUAUAUUGGGAUAAUAUGCACAAAUAUGCACUGUCUAUUAUAUCUUAAGGUUUGGCUUAGUAAAGAGCUGUAUAAUGUUUGUCCUGCCUUAUGUCUUUACAAUAAAAGCAGCAUGUAAAAAAA